GUUCAGGCAGCACAUGAACUCAACACAACAAGCCCAGCACUGAAACCAGAAGAGACCAGCACGAGAGAGUCAGGAGAGCAGCAGGAGCCAGGAGAACAGAGGAACCAUGCACUGGUCCUGAGCAUCAUGAAGCAGGUUAAGGGGGAGAGGGAUGGCAUUACAUUGUCCAAUAAGAACCGACGGCGCCCCCUGUCUUCAGGUGAGGUAGAGGGGUUUUCAUGGCGGGGACCCAGGACCAUUGUGCUCCAGAAAAACUCCCAGGGCUUUGGCUUCACUCUUCGCCAUUUUAUUGUCUAUCCACCAGAGUCAUCUCUCCACUCUCUCAAGGACAAAGAGAACGGGAACACACCAGUGAAAGGAUGUGUGCACUCACGUCUGGAGCCUAUGGACACCAUCUUUGUGAAAAGUGUUCGGGAGAAUGGUCCAGCUCAGAUGGCAGGACUAUGCACAGGGGACCGCCUGGUUAAAGUCAAUGGAGAGAGCAUUUUGGGCAAAACGUACUCUCAAGUCAUUGCACUCAUCCAGAACAGUGACAGUGUGCUGGAGCUGUCCAUUGUGCCCAAAGACCAAGACAUUCUACAGCUGGCUUGCUCCCAGGACCCCUAUCUCAGGAGAAAUCAUCCCCACAGUGGAGAGGCACACAUUCCGCCAGGACCCUCAGCUCUCUGUGACUCCUGCUCCAGACCCCGCCCCCUCAGCACACUGGACAACUGCCCCUGUCGAGCUGCCUUCUCUCCCCUGGACAACUCAGACACUGGUCAGGACUAUGUGCCAAGCACAAACAAGAUCCGUUCUUCCUCAGCUCUCAAUGCUUUGGAGUUUCACUUUGCAAACCACCAUGCCGCCAUUGCCUCGGCGACACUCCCACCCCCUCGUAAAAGUAGUCUGGCUGCCUCUACCCGGGCCGAGGCCCUGUGCCGACAGGCCCUGUCUGAAUGGUACUACAGCCAGGCUCAGGCUGCAGAGCACUUGUCCCCCCGCAGCCGCGGAGUGUCCCAGGACCGGCUGGCCGGGCUGGGCAUAGCACUGGGAGUGGACUCCAGCUUUGGUGAGCCACACCACACAGACAGCUUGCAGCACCAUCGGCAUGUGGCUACAGCCACAUUUCAAGACUCCUAUAGACUGGGAGGUGGUAGAGAUGUUCCUGAUACAAGAAGUAGAGCAUGCUCCCAAAACCUAUUAGCUGCCUACGCAGAUUAUGAGCACAACUAUGGUCGCUCUGUAGAAACACUGAAACAAGCCUCCACAUUUUUAUCAUCACACAGCCAGCACCCUCAGCACAAAGAUCCUGAGUCCCAGAGAGAACUGUCCACCUCUGCGCCGCCUACAGGCCGACAGGGGCGUCAGCAGGUAGCAGAACCCCAGGCUCCACGCAGUAUAAGUGAUGUUGGCUACAGUAGCUAUAGCCCAUCCUUCAGCAGAAAGAGCACUUACCUGCUCCAACAUGCUCACACUUUCAGAGAAGACAGCCACAGUACAGCCGAGCUGAGUCCCUGUGACAGUGAGGGGCCCCAGAAGCCGCUCUCCUCCCCUGCCCUGUCUCCUGCAGAGGAGGGGACAACACCCUUAAAGCAGGAAGUCAUCCUGAGAAAGAAGCCUUCAGCUGCUAACAGCAGGGCAAAUGGCAGUUUGGCACAGCAAGCCUUCGAAUCACUGUCCUCCAUCCCUUUCAUAGCCAGUAUGAAGAAUCGCCGCUCGUCAUACUUGCUGGCGGUCACCACAGAAAGAUCCAAAUCCUGCGAUGAAGGGCUCAACAUUUUCAAAGAUGAAGGCCGAGUUUUCUCAAAACUUCCAAAAAGAGUGAAAAGCUUCUUCCUGGAUGGGUCUCUGGACAGUCUGCGUGCCCAGGAAGAAGCCCGCUCCAAACGCCAUUCCACCUCUGAGCUUGGCACUACUGUGGUCAGCGAUGUCCGCAAAGAGGGCUGGCUGCACUGCAAACAGGUGCUCAGUGAGAAGGGCAAGAAGUUAGGGGGUGGCAUUCGGCCAUGGAAGCGUGUUUUUUCAGUGCUACGUUCACACUCACUGUUCCUCUAUAAAGAUAAGAGGGAGGCAGUUCUUCACGGGGCAGGAGCUGUUCCAGGGCAAGAAGACCAUUGUCCUAUCAGUGUCCGUGGCUGCCUCAUUGACAUCGCCUACAGCGAGACCAAACGCAAACACGUGCUGCGCCUCACCACUCAAGACUUCUGUGAAUACCUUCUGCAGGCAGAGAGCCGUGAGGACAUGCUCAGCUGGAUUAAAGCCAUCCGAGACCACAGCAAGAGUGAGAGUGAGGAUAUUGGAUUCUCCAGACAAGCUUUGAUUAAUAAGAAGCUGAAUGACUACAGAAAACACAGUCUGACAGGUCACAGGCAAGACUCCUCUCCCAAAAGCCAUCGGAUUGUGCCGCCUUCACUUCUUUCCAAGACAGACAACAAAUCAGAUGACAACAAGACCCCAUGGGCCAUCAAUCUCAUGAAAAGAAGCAAGAAGAGCAAUAAUCCCAAGGCUUUUGGAGUGCGACUAGAGGACUGCCAACCUGCCAUCAACCAUAAAUUUGUGCCUCUAAUUGUGGAGAUGUGUUGUGGUGUGGUGGAGGGCACGGGUCUAGAAUACACUGGCAUCUACAGAGUCCCAGGAAACAAUGCGCUGGUGUCCAGUCUGCAGGAGCACCUCAACAAAGGGCUUGAUAUCAACACAGGAGAUGAGAGGUUCCAGGACCUGAACGUCAUCAGUAGUCUGCUAAAAUCAUUUUUCAGGAAACUUCCAGAGCCACUGUUUACGGAUGAUAAGUACAGUUCCUUCAUUGAAGCCAAUCGGAUAGAAGACACAGACAGCAGACUCAAAACUAUGAAGAAACUGAUCCACAGUCUCCCAGAUCACUACUUUCACACGCUCAAGUUCUUGGUGGAACACCUCAGAAGAGUGGCUGAUUACUCAGAAAAGAAUAAGAUGGAGCCCCGGAACCUGGCCCUGGUGUUUGGACCCACUCUGGUCAGAACAUCUGAGGACAACAUGAUGGACAUGGUGACGCACAUGCCUGACCGCUACAAGAUCAUAGAGACUCUGAUCCUGCAUUGUGACUGGUUCUUCUCAGACGGACCUCUGGACAAAGAAGACAAGGCCCCUGAUCAUGAGAGCGACUCUUCUCCAGUGCCCAACAUCGACCACCUACUGUGUAACAUCGGCCGCACAGGGGGGCCCGGAGACUGCCCAGAUUCCACCAUCGAUUCACUUAAACUAAAGAUUUCUUUGAGCCCUAAGAAGGACCCAAAUGCCAAGGAAUUAAUCUCCUCUGUAACCCGCAAACGCAAGAUAUCACCUGACCGUCUUCCAGGAACCAGCUCAGAGGAAAACCUGGAGCAUGAGCCAGUCAAAUCCAGCAACUUGAGGAGACAGAAUGCAGAAGACAGAGACAGCAUUGAAUCAGAGAGUGAGGUCCCAAAGGAGGGUCAGACCUUACAGGAGGGUCAAACCUUACAGGAGGGUCAAACCUUACAGGAGGGUCAAACCUUACAGGAGGGUCAAACCUUGCAGGAGGGCACGGAUUUGGAGAAGGUUUCCAGCAAAGAAGAGGUGGAAAGAGAAGUCAAAGUAAAGUUUGAAAUGCCUGACAGACCACAGCUGGAGGCACUGACAAUGCCCAGGCCGCUGAGGCAGAGUGUGGGUAUGAGAAGGGGGCGCAGGCUUCUGCGUCCUCACAGUUUCCAUCUCCUCCAGCCUCCACCUGAGGCUCUUGUCCCACUGCACACAUACACUUCCAGAUCAGGGAGCCCAGCCUGGGUAUCUCUCUCCAGGCUCCCUCCUGCUCACACCUCUAGUUUCUAUGGGACCCAGUCGGGCAACUGGACUCCAGCAGUUCCACUGCGUUGUAAGAAAAGCUUCACUGCUCGAACCAGGGCUUUGUCCAUGACCCUUGAACUAGAGGACAGAGCCAGAGGUUGGAGAACAGACAAGGUGGAGGUCAUACGGGUCAAUGAGAGUGGAGUUCCACAGGGAUCUGCUAUAGCAACAGUGUCUUAUCAGCAGGGCCCUCCAGUCUCCUGGGUGGUUGUUGGGACUUGUCCCUGGUCAGAACCCAGCCUCUCGAGGUCCUCAGUGGUUCUUAGAAGACUAACAAAACCACAGGUGCAGAACCGGGGAUGGCGGCGCCACACAGUGGUGGUAUGAAAUGUUGCAACGCAACACACCAAGAUUUUAAUCCAAGUUUAAACUACAACAGCCAAUUUUAACUUUAAAAUGAUCUAUUUUACAUAUUCCAGUCAGUGACCAGGUUAGCCACAGAACACAGUCAUACACCAACCUGUGUACUCUUGUAUAGUGGCAAACACUAAAGUAGAGAAGAGCCCCUCCACUCUGGUCAGUGUGGGGGCCCAGAAGAGUCCAGGUCUGGGAGCUUCUAAUAUACUGUUCAUAGAGGGUGAUGGGAUGAGAGGAAGAUGGUUAGUGGAAGCAUGUUGUCAAGAUCCUCUGAUCCUCUGUUGACCUGUGAGUUUGUAACAUUUGACUAGUUAUAUGCUCACAUAGGCCAAUUACAGCAUUACAUUUAAGUGACUCUUAAAUUAAGGAAACAUUGUAAAAGAUGUUUUACAUGACUAUGCAUAAUUGUUUUGGCUUCUCAGAGUAACAGAUUCAGUAUCUUUAGUUGACCUACUUUUCCAACAUCUUUCCAAAAUGUCUGUCAAUACUUCAAGCUAUGACCAUGGCCAAGACUAACUAAAUCUAUGCAGGCUGUCAGGCUCAUCAGUGUGUCGCUGCCCACAGUAGCUUUCUCCUCUGCCUUGGACGUAACCCUCAAAUCAUCCCAAUGGAGUUAACCUAAAGCCUUCUGCCCAAAGGUUGUGGCAAGUAACCGUGAUGUACUAAAUAUCUGGGACAGUAAGGACACGAGGCAGCUAUGUGAAGUCAUGCCAAAUCAGUUUUCUAUCCUUUGUACAAUCACUGUGCAUUGCCAAUGCAAGCCCCAGUGACCAGUGCUCCUUCCAUGUGUUGAACUGUCUGAAUAUUGUGCCCUGUGCGUGGGCAUGUUUUGUAACCCUUGUACAAAGCCUUGAGAAAUUAACCUAUUGUACUAUGUAAAUGUUAUACAUGUAUAUAAAUAUUAAAUUAUUAUCUUUGUCUUUUUCAAAUUA